AGCUCCACGCAUCCCAAUAGGUGAGUUUAAAAUUAUUUCAAAAAUCAAAACUCACUGGAUUCCAUCACCUAUAUCAAAUCGGUAUAAUCUCUGUUUCGAUUCAAUAAUUUCCCGAUUGCGAAUUUAAUUAAAGAGAAUCCGGCCAUGUUCUCCCAUUCGCCUACACGAACACGUAUAGAUACGACUAUACAUCGGUGAUAUCUGUAUUAUUUCUGCCGAAUUUCGACGGGUGAGUGCAGCGGCCGCCUCGCAGAUCUGAGUUUUUAUUAGGUCAGCUUGCUUUGUGAAUCCACGGUUGUUAUGUGCUGGUGCCCAAAGUAAUGCGGAAAAUUAAGCGUUGCUGGUUUUUGAUUCAUCGAGGAUGCUGAUUAUGAUUCUUUUUAGUGAUUUAUUGGAUACGGAGAGGAGAGUUGUUUCCGAAUGGGUUGAGUGGAACGAUUGGUGCUUCGUUUGGAUUUUUUCCCUAAUGAUUGCGUUUUGUUUAAUAUUUGAUUUGAAGAUCGGUUUGGUGGAUGUUCCUUUAGCACUAUUAAUUCGUUCGCUUUUUCUGUCUGCUAAUCUGUUGCUUAAUGUUUGCCCAUGUCUACUGUUUCAUGUGUAGAAGUAUUAAUUAACUUCAUUUGAUAUUGAUUGUGGAGGUUGAUUCAUGUUAUUAGCUUCCAACAAUUUCGAAAAAUAUAGGUGGUUGAUCAGUUUAAUGGAGUAUUACCUCCGUCCACAUUAGGAGUCACAUUUACUAUAAAAAUGAUAAUAAAUAGUUAAAGUGGGGAAAUAGUAAAGUAGGAGAAAGAAUAGUGUGACAAUGUGACUCCUAAUGUGGGACGGAGGCAGUACUUACUAACUGCAAUCAUGCAUCACUUUUUGGAUGAGAAAUGAAGUUGAGAUUUCUGUGUGUAGUUCCUUGUGCUGUAGAUGACCAAUACCACGCCGUGCUCUGACAUUUUCUGAAGUUUUUCAGUUCCGUGUGCGACUUUCACUUGAGCCACUUUUCCUCAACUUUAAAUUUAUACAUAAAUCAUCAAUUUCUAAACUAUUUUCUAAUAUUAUUGUUUAACCUAUGGUUGCACUUUGUUUGUUCGAUUUAUUCGGUAGCCUUUUUUCCUGGCAAUUGAGACUGAUUAUGAUAUCAAUAUCUUGGAGCCUGCCAUCUUCAAACACUAUUUCUGUUGAUCGGUCCUUAGCUUCAAUCACCAAAGCAAUAAAAUAGACUAGUGACAAGAAGAUUUCAAGCUUUCUUUUGAUUCUAUAUGUCAAUUAGAUUUGGGAUUCCCUGUCCUGUGUGCAGCAUGCUUAUUUGGUCAAAGUUUACUUUAUUCUUUAUUGAAGAAGCUGUGCAGUACAUUUGUCAAGCCAAUUAGCCUAGUGAAGUUUUGUAUAUGAAAUGGGGAAAAGGCUGAAAUGGACUGAGUAGAGAUUAUCCCACCUUAACUGUAAGAACUUUAAGAAAAAGAAAGGUUGUAGGAAGGAGUAUGUGCAGUUCAAGUGUUAAUAUUAAGAUUGCAUGGAGAAAGCAUAUCAUUGCUCCAGAUAAAUCCCAAUAUAAAAAAUACAAUUCAUUGUGCCCCCGUCCUCUGCUAUAUUGCUACAGAUCCUAAGCUCUACUACACUGGUGUAAUGUUGUUUACUUAAAUGUGUUAAAGGUCGAGACCUCAUUAAAUGGAUGGUCUGUUACUGGAUUCCAGAAAUAGUCACAUCCCAGUGUGACUUAAGAAAGGCUGAUAACAGUGAAGCUUAAGUACUGAGAAAUGGAAGAUCUGGCGAGUUUUUGGGGCCCUGUGACAUCCACACAUGAGUGGUGUGAACUGAAUUACGUCCACUCUUCCUAUAUUGCUGAAUUUUUCAACACCAUAUCUAAUGUCCCAUGCAUCAUCCUAGCACUCAUUGGUCUUGUUACUGCACUGAGACAGCGAUUUGAGAAAAGGUUCAGCGUCCUUCACUUAUCAAAUAUGAUACUUGCCAUUGGCAGCAUGCUCUAUCAUGCCACACUGCAGCGACUGCAGCAGCAAGGGGAUGAAACACCUAUGGUGUGGGAAAUGCUCCUUUACAUCUACAUUCUCUACUCUCCGGACUGGCAUUAUCGAAGUACAAUGCCCACAUUUUUGUUUCUCUAUGGCGCAGUAUUUGCAGUUGCACACUCACAAGUUCGCUUCGACAUUGGUUUCAAGGUGCACUAUGCAUUGCUUUGUCUCCUUUGCAUUCCCAGGAUGUACAAGUAUUACAUUCACACCGAAGAAAAAGCUGCUAAGCAGCUGACAAAGGUGUAUGUGGCCACUCUUGUGAUGGCAACUAUCUGCUGGCUAGUCGACCAUCUCUUAUGCAAACAUAUUUCGCUGUGGCACUUCAAUCCACAGGGUCAUGCCUUGUGGCAUGUUAUAAUGGGUUUCAACUCAUACUUUGCCAACACAUUUUUGAUGUUCUGCCGAGCUCAACAACGAGGGUGGGAUCCAAAAGUAGAGCGCUUUUUGGGUAUGCUUCCUUACGUGAAGAUUCAAAAACCAAAAGCCCAGUAGGCGAUACAACCUGGUAGAAAUGAAUAUUAGUUGUGAGAAAGAUCGAACUUGUUAGGUGCUGGUUGGCAAAGCUGAGAUUCAUUUUUUUUGAAACAUGUAUGUAAAUGAUAGCUGGGAGUUGGUUGGUAUUUGAAUUUUGACUGUAAAAUUAUAAUUUAGCGAGGUAGAAAAUUGUUAGACUUCCCACUCUA